AUGAGUAACGAAGAUGGAAACAGUGGCCAAGUGGCACCAGCGGCACAAACCGCAUCAGAUUUUAUUCGCAUGGCACAUCAAAUGAUUAAUUUUCGAUACAGUGGUGAUCCUCUUGUUUUAGAUAGUUUCAUUGAUGCUAUUGAACUGUUGAAAGAAUUAGUUUCACCAGAAAAUAGAGCUAUUUUCUUAAAAUUCGUAAUGACCAGAAUGGAAGGUAAAGCCAGAGAAUUAUUCACUGAACCACCAGCUGACAUUGACGCAAUUAUUACACGUUUGAAAGAUAAAAUUAAACCUGAUUCGUCAAAAAUCAUUGAAGGAAAAAUCCUUGCCCUUCGAGCCGAUAAAAGUAGCCUCACGAAAUUUUCUGAACAAGCUGAAAAGCUAGCCGAGGAACUUAAUCGUAGUCUCUGCAGGGAAGGUUUUUCUCAAGCAAAAGCUAAAGAAAUUACGAUCGAGAAGACAGUUGAAAUGUGUCGCAAGUCAUCCAAAAACGAUACAGUCAAGGCAGUUUUAGCUGCAUCGUCAUUUUCUGAACCGAAAGAAGUGAUUGCUAAAAUGAUCGUUGAGAUUAAUAACCUCAAACAAGAUAAACCUCACAGUUCAUAUUCACAUAAAUUCGGUAAUCAAAAUAGAAACCACAGCAAUGGCAAUGGUAAUAACAGAGGUCAUUCGAAUGGCAACAAUCACAACAACCACAACAAUCGCAACAGAAACGGUUCGCACAAUAAUAAUAAUAACAACAAUCAGAGUAACAAUCGACAAAAUAAUUACAACAAUGGUCACAGAUCUAAUAAUAAUAGAAAUGGUCAAAAUCAAAACGGUAAUUAUAACAACCGUGGUAGUUAUAAUCAGUCGCAAGGAAACAAUCAGACAAUUCGUCAUAUUUCGGGAAACGAGAUGAACCCGGGGAACAGCGGGCUAACCAUGAAUCCAUAG